AUGAGAACUCCUGUUUUGGAAGCUGAUGCGUUCAGCAAGGAGACUGACAGGAACGCGGACGCCGCUGUCGAGAGAGAGAGGGGCGACAGGACAAUACUCUCCCCGUCGGAGCACUCCAGGUCUUCGAAGAAGCGAUCCAUCCUGCACAGCCGCUUCCACAUCAAGCUGAUCGCCACCUACCUGACGCCCAUACUGCUGCUGCCGCUCUUCGUCUUCCACAACACACCAAAGACCCGCUGCGCGUACGUGAUGGUGCUGGUGUUCGUCAACUGGGUGACGAGGACGCUGCCGCUAGGAGUGACGGCUCUGAUGCCGCUGCUCUACCUACCCGCGCUGCGGAUCAUCAGCUACGACCAGGUUGUCGGCAUGUACAUGAACAACACGGUUCUCCUGACGCUGGCGGCCAUCAUGAUGUCGAUCGCGAUCGAGACGACCAACCUGCACACGCGUAUCGCGCUCUGGGUGCUGCUGCAGUGCGGCCAGUCGCUGCGCAACAUCAUGGCCGGCUACACGGUCGCCACGUUCCUCAUCACGCUGCUGCUCAAGAACAGCGCCACGCUGGACAUCAUGGUGCCCGUGGUGGACGCCACCGUGCACGAGAUACACUACAUCUACAUGAAGGGCAUGUACACGCAACGCUUCGGAGCGGACGCCAAGAAGAGGCCUUCGGUCUCCUACAUUGCCAAGGCUCUCAACUUGGACGACAUUCAGAUGCGGCAAAUAACGACGAGGUUCAUCAAGAUUCGCAAGGUGUUGUUGAUCAUGGUUGCCUACACGGCCAGCCUCGGCUCCGUGGGCACUCUCAGCGGAACCAUCACGAACUACGUCACCAAAAUGAUCGUGACGUCACGAUUCCCCAAGGUCGACUCGGUCACGUUCCUGUCCUGGGCGACGGCCUUCCUACCGGUUGCCUUCUUCGAAGUCUUGAUGGCGUUCAUCGUGCUGUACUUUAUGCACAUGAGGCGACUAGCGAUAGACUUCAAGAAGGAGGCCGUCCAUGACGCCUUUCUGGUCAAGUACAGGAGCCUCGGCAAAAUCACGUAA